AUGUCAACCCAGGUUCCACAUUACAAUGUAGCUCACCAGACGGGCCAGUCUCCAGCCCUCGACUUUUCCACCACAUUCCAAAUCGACCCGUCUCAUGUCAAAAACAAGACAAUCGUCAUCACUGGUGGUGCUUCUGGAUUUGGCGCCGGUUUCGCUAGAAAAUGGGCCUCGUACGGCGCCAACAUCAUUAUAGGAGACAUCAGCAUCCCCAGUGGUGAAGCCCUCACCGCCGAGCUGCGUCGAGAGACGAGCAACCAGAACCACCAUUUCGUUCGUCUAGAUGUGACUUCUUGGCAAUCCCAAGUGGACUUCUUCCGACAGGCAGCACGUCUGAGCCCACAUGGUGGAAUCGACACUGUGGUCGUCAAUGCUGGAAUCAACAACGCGGAAGAACAGGACAGUUUCGAAAACCCUAAGGUUGAUUUUCUGAAUGAUCCUUCUCCGCCGCCGCCGUCCUUUUCGACGAUUGAUGUGAACUUGACAGGAGCAUUGUACACGACGCACCUGGCCAUGUGGUAUUUAGAACACAAUCCAGGUUCCAAGUCGUCUGGCAACAAUGAACGAGACCGACAUCUUCUCCUUUUGGGCUCUGUCGCCAGUCUGUACCCAAUCAUCACGCAGACUCACUAUGCUGUCUCAAAGCACGGCAUACUAGCCUUGUUCCGUUGUUUGAGGGCUGGGUCGGUGGUUGUGCAUGGUAUCCGAGUAAAUCUGAUCUGCCCAUACUUUAUUGACACACCCAUUGUCCCGCCUUCCGGGAGACUGAUCCUUGCCGGCGGUGCCUUGGGCGUCCCCGAAGAUGUCGUGCAAGCUGGCAGCUUAUUCGUCUCACGUCCAGACAUCGCUGGCCGCGCCGUCGUCGUUGGGCCCAAAAUCAAAGUCCGUGUCCCUGUAGACAAAGACGGCAUUGCCUCCAUCGCCGGCGCCGACGGAGUGCCCCAGAUUGACAACAUCUUUGAUAUCAUUGACCCGGAAAAGCGAGCCAAGGUGAAAGAAGGCCCCGACGGGGUUGUCCAAGAGCGUGCUAUAUGGGAGAUUUUCGCUGAGGAUUUUGAAGACACGGAUCUUUUCACAAAGCGAGUGGUCGCUUUGUUGAAUGCCUAUGGAGCGGUGAAAGGGUGGGUUGGGUUUUUUAAGGAUAUAGCAGGUGCUGCUAUUUCGGGUGUGUCCAAGGUGGUAUUUGGACGGUGA